AAGAGCACCGGAGAAAACAAACACAAAUCCACUCAACUGACCCUCCAAGAGAGAGAAAAAUAUAUACGUAUAUAUAUAUAAUAUGAAAUAGAAAAACGAGAGUGAUCGGUGAAGAUGUUGGUGGAUCUGGGAUCGUUCUCGGACGAGAAGCUCGACCCCAAGAAAUGGAUCAAUGCAGCAUGCCAAUCCCGCCACCCGCAGGACCCAUUGGAGCACCACCUGGUGGAUCUGGAAAUGAAGCUGCAGAUGGUCUCCGAGGAGAUCGCCGCCUCCCUCGAGGAGCAGAGCGCCGCCGCCCUCCUCCGCGUCCCCCGCGCCACACGCGACGUCGUCCGCCUCCGCGACGACGCCGUCUCCCUCCGCAAUUCCGUCGCCACAAUCCUCCUCAAGCUCAAAAAGGCAGAGGGAUCAUCAGCAGAAUCUAUAGCAACCCUUGCUAAAGUUGAUACUGUUAAGAGUAGAAUGGAAGGUGCAUAUGAGACAUUGCAGGAAGCUGCUGGAUUAACUCAAUUAAGUUCAACUGUGGAGGAUGUCUUUGCCAGUGGUGAUCUUCCUCGAGCUGCCGAAACCUUAGCCAAAAUGCAGCGUUGCUUGGCGGCUGUUGGCGAGGUUGCAGAAUUUGCUAAUGUCAAGAAGCAGUUGGAAGUCUUGGAGGACAGGCUAGACGCGAUGGUUCAGCCUCGUUUGACAGAUGCUUUAUCCAAUCGCAAGGUUGAUAUUGCUCAAGAUUUGCGAGGAAUUCUUAUUAAGAUUGGGAGAAAAAAGUCUUUGGAGCAGCAGUAUACCAAAGUUCAUCUAAAGCCUAUAAAGCAGCUCUGGGAAGAUUUUGACUCAAGACAACGAGCUAAUAAGCUUGCAAGUGAAAGAAACGAGUUUGAAAGGAUGUCAAGAAAUCAUGGUUUUCAAUCAGGCUCGCCUGCUGUUUCAUUCUUCAGUUGGUUGCCGAGCUUCUAUGAUGAAUUGCUACUUUAUUUAGAACAAGAAUGGAAAUGGUGUAUGAUUGCUUUUCCAGAUGAUUAUAGAACUCUGGUUCCAAAGCUUCUUACUGAGACAAUGACAACUGUAGGUCCAAGUUUUGUAUCCCACAUCAAUCUGGCAACCGGAGAUGUUGUCCCUGAAACAAAAGCAUUGGCUAAAGGUAUAGUAGAUAUCUUAUCUGGGGAUAUUCCAAAAGGUGUCAAAAUUCAUACCAAGCAUGUUGAGGCACUAAUUGAGUUGCACAAUAUGACGGGGACCUUUGCGAGGAAUAUUCAGCACCUGUUUUCAGAAUCUGAACUUCGGAAUUUAUUGGAUACAUUAAAGGCAGUGUAUUCUCCUUAUGAAUCUUUAAAAAAGAGUUAUGGACAAAUGGAGCGUGUUAUCCUUUCUGCUGAGAUUUCAGGAGUAGAUCUUAGGGGAGCUGUCACACGUGGCAUUGGAGCCCAGGGAAUCGAACUUAGUGAAACAGUUCGAAGAAUGGAGGAGUCCAUUCCCCAAGUAAUUGUACUUCUUGAAGCUGCUGUAGAGAGAUGUAUCAGCUUUACUGGUGGUUCUGAGGCAGAUGAGUUAAUUCUUGCCCUUGAUGACAUAAUGUUACAAUAUAUAUCCAUACUGCAAGAAACGCUUAAAUCACUAAGAGCCAUAUGUGGAGUGGAUGUUUUCGCUGAUGGUGUUGGUUCAAAGAAGGAUGUGGGAUUGGACAAAAAGGAAGGGGCUCACAAUGCUCGUAAAGUUGACUCAACCUCAAAUGAGGAGGAGUGGUCCAUUGUCCAAGGUGCAUUGCAGAUCCUCACUGUUGCAGACUGUUUAACAAGCAGAUCCUCAGUUUUUGAAGCUUCCUUGAGAGCCACUCUAGCAAGACUGAGCACAAGCCUGUCUCUUUCAGUAUUUGGUUCUACUCUGGACCCAAACCAUUCACACGUAUUCAGUAAUGAUGGAAGUGGGGAAAUGACUCUGCCUGGAAGGGCUUCAUUGGAUGUGGCAGCUGUUCGGCUUCUUUAUGUUCCUGAAAAGGCUCGAAAACUCUUCAACCUUUUAGAUCAGUCAAAAGAUCCCCGAUUUCAUGCACUUCCGAUUGCAUCUCAGCGGGUUGCAGCAUUUGCAGACACCGUGAAUGAACUCGUCUAUGAUGUCCUCAUCUCUAAAGUACGGCAACGCCUCUGUGAUGUGUCUCGUUUGCCGAUCUGGUCUUUGGUUGAGGAACCAGCUGCUCUACCUCUCCCAAGUUUUAGUGCAUAUCCUCAGUCCUAUGUGACUGGUGUUGGUGAAUAUCUUCUUACAUUACCCCAGCAGUUGGAGCCGCUUGCUGAGGGCAUUUCUAACAGUGAUGCCAACACUGACGAAGCCCAGUUCUUUGCAACUGAAUGGAUGUUCAAGGUUGCAGAAGGUGCAACUGCCCUUUACUUGGAGCAGUUGCGGGGGAUUCAGUUCAUAACAGAUCGCGGUGCCCAGCAGCUCUCUUCUGAUAUUGAGUAUCUGAGUAAUGUGCUUUCUGCUCUAUCAAUGCCAAUCCCUCCAAUCCUUGCCACAUUCCACACAUGCCUUUCAACUCCCAGAGAGCAGCUGAAGGAUCUGCUGAAAUCAGAUUCGGGCGAUCAACUUGACCUUCCGACAGCCAGCCUGGUAUGUAAGAUGCGGCGUGUGAAUUUAGAACAGUGAUUUUCUGAAGAAAAUUUUGUACCAAAUCGGUCGGUAGUUUUUGUCGCAUCUGAAUUCAAUUUAUUUGUCAAAAUUCAGUUUUUCUUUUAUAAAUCUGUGAUAGAUCAUAGAUGCUACCUAAAGUAACAGGUUAAAUAUUUGAUCUUAGUGAACAUAUACUUUGAGUUGAAGAGUAAAAUGAGAAAAUAUGAUUCUUGUAAAA